AAAGAGAAAAUUAAAUGUCAAUCAAAUAUAAAAAGUGACUUUUCUUUCUGGAGCGUCCCAGAUUCUCUUAUUUUGUAAUUGUAUUUUGAUUAAAAAUGCCUGCUGGAACUUCAACUAUGGAUCCUCUGAGAGAAAAAGCAUUUCAGGAUUAUAGAAAGAAGUUAAUGGAGCACAAAGAAGUAGAAUCACGACUGAAAGACAUGCGUGAACAACUGAAAGAUUUAACAAAGCAGUAUGACAAAAGUGAAAAUGAUCUGAAAGCAUUGCAAAGUGUGGGUCAGAUUGUUGGUGAAGUACUCAAGCAGCUGACUGAAGAGAAAUUUAUUGUAAAAGCAACAAAUGGCCCACGCUAUGUAGUUGGCUGCCGCCGGCAACUGGACAAGAACAAACUGAAGGGUGGUACCAGAGUAGCCCUUGAUAUGACCACUCUUACCAUCAUGAGACAUCUUCCUAGAGAGGUUGAUCCUCUUGUAUACAACAUGAGCCAUGAGGAUCCCGGAGAUGUCACCUAUGCUGCUAUUGGAGGUCUGCAGGAACAGAUCCGACAGCUUCGAGAGGUGAUAGAAUUACCGUUACUGAAUCCAGAACUCUUCGUCCGUGUUGGUAUCACCCCUCCCAAGGGCUGUCUUCUGUAUGGUCCACCUGGUACAGGCAAAACUUUACUAGCCAGAGCUGUCGCUUCACAACUGGAUGCCAACUUUUUGAAGGUGGUGUCCUCAGCAAUUGUUGAUAAGUAUAUUGGUGAAUCGGCCCGCCUCAUCCGCGAAAUGUUCAACUAUGCACGAGACCAUCAACCUUGCAUUAUAUUUAUGGACGAGAUUGAUGCUAUUGGUGGCAGGCGUUUCUCUGAAGGCACCAGUGCUGACAGAGAGAUUCAACGCACACUGAUGGAAUUACUCAACCAAAUGGAUGGAUUCGAUUCUGGACAGGUGAAAAUUAUAAUGGCUACCAACCGACCCGACACACUUGACCCUGCGCUACUCAGGCCGGGCCGUUUGGACAGAAAAAUUGAGAUUCCAUUGCCUAAUGAACAAGCUAGGUUAGAAAUUCUAAAAAUCCAUGCAGCACCCAUAGCGAAGCAUGGAGAAAUGGACUAUGAAGCAGUUGUCAAACUGUCUGACACAUUCAAUGGAGCUGAUCUCAGGAAUGUGUGUACUGAAGCAGGCUUGUUUGCUAUCAGAGCCGAAAGGGAAUACAUUAUACAGGAGGAUUUAAUGAAAGCUGUACGUAAAGUAGCAGACAACAAAAAAUUGGAGAGCAAAUUAGAUUAUAAACCGGUUUAACUUAUAAAUUAAAAAAAAAGUUUAAGGUAAAGAAUAGUACUGUCAACAAUUACGAUUUUUACCAUCUUUAUGAUGUUAAUAAAAAGUAUAUAUAACAAAGCGUGUAAAAACUCGUGUAAAACAUUGUCGGUGAGUGCUAAAUAAAAAUAUAUUCCAAAUAAAAA